AUGUAUUCUGGGAAUUACAAAGCGUGUCAGAAGGUGGAAAAAGAGGAUAAGAGAUUUACGGAGAAGGAGGUGCAGCAGUGGUACAAGGGCUUUAUCAAGGACUGCCCCAGCGGGCAGCUCGAUGCCGCCGGCUUUCAGAAGAUCUAUAAGCAGUUCUUCCCCUUCGGCGACCCAACCAAAUUCGCCACUUUUGUUUUCAACGUCUUCGAUGAGAACAAAAACGCGGACGGGAAGCUGACGCUGCAGGAAUUUCAGGAGGGCUCCAAGGCCGACCCCUCCAUCGUGCAGGCGCUCUCCCUCUACGACGGGCUCGUAUAG